AUGUUUAGAUCCUACCGACUCUAUUAUGCAUUUAAUCGAUUUUCUGGUCUUACGAAAUUCACUAAGGAUUAUUAUAAAAUACUUAAAAUUCCUGAUACAGCAACUUAAGCCGAUAUAAGGAUUGCCUAUUUGAAGUUGGCAUCUAGGUAUCAUCCAGAAUCAUAAACGAAAGAUGAAGCGAAGUAUUCUGAGGUUCGAGAAGCAUUUUAAGUUUUAUCAGACACAUCUCUGAAAAUAGAAUUUGACAAAUAAUAGUAAAACAGCAAUGGGUAAGAGAACUAUGAAUUUAAAUCGAGUUAAUAAGAGUAAGAAACAACUUAAAAACAGGAGAUAGAAAUUUAAUUCUUAUUCAAAAAAGGUGACACUACGUUUCCGUUUAAAUUGGAUGUUUCUAAAUAAAAAUAGUUAUCGAAAGAAGAGUUAGAAAAAAUUUCAGUUUAUCAUAUGAAGAAAUUCAUGGUCAUUGAUGGAGGAUUUAAUAAAUUCUUCAAAGAUAAUAUCAGUUAAUUGGAGAAAGGGCUAUCUUGGAUAAUUGCGAUAUUGUCCAUUAUUGCAAAAAAGAAAUGAUUAUGAGUUAUUAAUUUAUGAUAAAUACACAUAUUUAUCACUAAUAGAAAUAGGGUGUGAUAUAUGAAUUGAAUUUAUCAAAUUUCUAAAAUUAAAU